UCUCUCCAGUUUACAUAGGAUUGGAAAGCUUCCACCUGCUAGCUCUUACACUCCAAAGAAAGAGAAACAAACAAUGGCCGAGUUCAAAGACAUAGUGAUUUUUUUGAUGUUCAUGCUAUGCCAAUUAUGCGCCCUAGCAGCUGCAUUAGAGCACUCGCCGGCGGCUGCGGUGCCGCGGAUGCCGAACGGCACGUGCCUGCUGGUGUUCGGGGACUCGACGGUCGAUCCCGGGAACAACAACCGGCUGCCGACCACCGCAAAGGCGAAUUUCUCCCCCUACGGCAGGGACUUCUUCAACCACACCCCCACCGGGCGGUUCUGCGACGGACGGCUCGCCACCGACAUCUUCUCUGAGAAAGUAGGUAGUACCAAGGUCAUUCCUGCUUUCUUGGACCCAAAUCUUAAGCCGGAGCAGCUCAAAUAUGGUGUUAGUUUCGCAUCUGCGGCUUCUGGUUACGACGAACUCACGUCUACAAACGCAAAUGUAUUAUCAUUUCCCCAGCAACUGCAAAAUUUACGGAACUACAAGACGCAAUUGACAAAAUUGGUUGGAAUCGGAAGAUCAAAGGAGAUAAUCAAGGACGCAGUUUUCGUCAUCAGCGCCGGCACCAACGAUCUCCUCCAAAGUUAUCUCUCUAUGAAUCAACCGAACCAAACUAUGCCAAAAUAUGAGAAUUACUUGAUCAAUCUAACGAGUAACUACGUUAAGGUGAUGAAUGAACUUGGUGGUACAAGAUUUGUGCUAGUUGGAGUACCUCCCUUUGGGUGUUUACCCAUUGUGAGAACCCUUUUUGGUGUGGAGAAUUGUUCUAGUGAACUAAAUGCUGUAGCCACCUCAUUCAACUCUAAGCUAGUAACAAUGUUGGGUGUUCUCAAAAGGAAGCUCAGAGUAAGAGCUGCUUAUAUGGACAUUUUCACCAUCAUGUACGAGGCAACAAGGAACCCAGAAAAGUUUGGGUUAUUAGAGACAUCGAAAGGGUGUUGCGGAUCUGGACUAAUGGAGGUCGGCGAUACAUGCAAAAAUCAAACCACAUGCGAGGAUCCGCACAAAUACGUUUACUGGGAUGCUGUUCAUCCGACUGAGAGGAUGUAUGAGAUAGUCACGGAUUACGCGAUGAUUACUGCUUUUAGAGAGAUAUUUGGCUAAUUAACAUAUAUAUAUACUUUGACAGUAUUUUGUUCAUUUCUCCUUUGUUUGAAUAAUGUAUUGAUAUAGGAAGGGUGUGAUCAUGUAAUAGCUAAGUUGAAAUACUAUACUAAAUAAUAUUUAAGCCUAGCUAA